UCUAUUCCUAAGCAGGGAUUUUAUUCUCUGGUCAGAAGCAGUUCUAGCCAGGCCAAAUAUUGGAGGAUGAUGGACAUUCUUGGAAACAAUCCUGGGCUUGUGUUGGCCACUGGUGCUGCUAUCACACUGGGUGGACUAUAUUUUUAUUGUGCUGGACAAGAGGAGAAAAUUCACAUUCCAUCAGAUCUCAAUUUGCAGUCAGAGCAAAUGGAGAGCAUCAGUGAACUACGUCAAGAGUCAUUCACAAAAGCAGUGAAUGGCUGUGCUUGGGAGGUGGAGAAGGUUUACAGCUUCGAGAGUUCUGCAACGCUAGGACCAGAGAUGAUCCGCUGCUCAAGAGUGUACAAGGAUGCCAAAGAUGGGAAAUUCAUGAAGUAUCUCUAUGAAGAUGGGAAGACUGUCUAUGAGGCAUUUCGACGAGGAGCCAAGGAAUCCAAUGAUGGACGAUGCCUGGGAUGGAGAGAUGGUCCUGGCCUUCCAUACCAAUGGCUCAAUUACAAUGAGGCUUUGCUGAGAGCCCACAACUUUGGAUCAGGACUUGUUAGCCUAGGUCUGAGCCCUGGGACAGAAACACGUGUUGGAAUCUUUGCUCAGAAUUGCGUAGAAUGGGUUUUGGCUGAACAAAGUCUCUAUCACUACAGCAUGGUGGUUGUGCCACUCUAUGACACAUAUGGACCAGAGGCCUGCUCUUACAUCCUUGAACAUGGUUUGUCUAUGGUCACCAUUGAUCAUCCUGAGAUAUAUUCUAAUGCUCUGCAUUUCAUCAAUUGUCAUCUGAGCACAGUAGUAUGUGAUUCAGAUGCAAAGGUCAACUUCCUCUUGGACAAGAGACCUCCCCCACUAAAGAGAAUCAUCCUCAUGAAAGAGAUUCCUGAAGCCACCAAACUCCGUGGCCAGAAGCUUGGCAUUGCCAUCAUUCCCUUUGAGGAGGUGGAACGAAUUGGUGCUGCCAAGAACCAGCCCCCUGUUCCCCCAAAAGCAGAAGAUGUGUGCACAAUCUGCUUCACCUCUGGGACAACAGGGAAGCCAAAAGGUGUGAUCUUGAGUCAUGGGAAUGUGAUAGCAUGUGUGAGUGCCGUCCUUCAUCAGUUGGGGAACUUGAAGCCAAAUCCCCAGGACGUCAUGAUCUCCUUCCUCCCACUUGCUCACAUGCUGGAGAGAUGCUGCCAAGUGGCCAUCUACAUGACAGGUGGAUGCGUGGGUUUCUGGCUUGGGAAUGUGAGGGGUCUGGCAGAUGACAUGAAAGCCCUCAAGCCCACACUCAUGCCUGCCGUCCCCCGAAUCCUGAAUCGCAUUCAUGACACUGUCUGGAGCAAAACCAAUAGGAAUUUCUUUAAGAGGAAUCUCAUUAAACUUGCCCUCCGCUCCAAGGAGAAGGAACUCAGAAGGGGAGUAAUUCGCUACAACAGCAUUUGGGAUAAGCUGGUGUUUAGUAAGGUGCGGGAAGGUACCGGAGGUUGUGUGCGGCUGAUUGUUGUUGGUUCUGCUCCUCUUGCUGGCAAUGUCCUCACCUUCAUCCGGUGUGCUCUUGGUUGCAUUGUGAGU